AAUGAAUAAGUUAUGCCAACUCGUAUGAUUCGCAGGAUAAGUCUAAGCCAAGUAGUGGUGGAAAUUUAUGUUAGAUUAGGCUGAUUGUAGUUUUACCAAAGACAUCUCGCAAUUGAAGUUGCCGUAUUCAAAUUAUGAGGAUACGAUGUUGUUUUUGGGGCCUGUGUUGCCGAAACAUCUUAUCGUUGAUCAACUUCAUAUUUCUUCUGUUUAUUGUGUCUUUCUUGUGGCUGCAGCUUCAUGUAGGUAGUCUCAAAUCGCAAUCGCUUGACCAGAAGUUGGAAAGAAAAUAUAAUAAUGUGGCAGUUAACACGGGUAAAGUUGGUUCAACUUUAAACUCAACUGUUAUCUCGGCACCACUUGUUUUGGAACAUGUGAAACAAGCCAUUAAGAAGAUCAAUUCUGAGCAGUUAAUAAUAAAUUCAUAUAAAUAUGGACCAUUAUCUUCUGGAAACCCAGUUAUAGUCAUCCAAGUCCACAAUAGAUACCAGUACUUGUCUGCUCUUAUCAGCUCAUUACAGCAGACAAAAGGAAUUGAGAAGGUCUUGAUUGUAUUCAGCCAUGAUCUGUUUGAUAGGGAGAUUAACCAACUAAUUCAGAAGAUAAGUUUUUGUAAGGUCACUCAGAUAUUUUAUCCACAUUCAAUUCAGCUUCAUCCAAAUACAUUUCCUGGACAAGACCCUAAUGACUGUCCACGUGACAUGAAAAAAGAAGAGGCAUUAGUAAAGGGCUGUAACAAUGCACACUAUCCAGAUCGCUACGGACACUUCCGAGAAGCAAGCUACACACAAGCAAAGCAUCACUGGUGGUGGAAGAUGAACUAUGUUUUUGAUGACCUUGAGGUAACUAGGAAUCAUACAGGACCAUUCCUUUUUCUUGAAGAGGAUCAUUUUGUAUUCCCAGACAUUCUUCAUGUGCUAAAUCUCAUGGAGGAGUUAAAAACAAAAGAUUGUUCAACUUGCAACAUUCUUUGUUUGGGAAAUUAUGCCAAAUCUUUCAACUUCCCUGCAAAAGGAAAUCAGGUUGAAGUCACCAAAUGGUUAUCCAGCAAACACAACAUGGGAAUGGUGAUUAAUCGUCCCCUCUGGACACAAAUUAAAAUGUGUGCUAAAGACUUCUGCACAUUUGAUGACUAUAACUGGGAUUGGACGUUGCAGCAUGUCAGUUUCUCUUGUCUACCUAGUCCUCUUAACGUUAUGGUUACAGUUUCUUCUCGUGUACUGCACAUUGGCGAAUGUGGCGUACAUCACAAAGGUAAGGACUGCAGCAGUGAACGAGUAGUGCGACGUGCUGAAAGCAUUUUGUCAGCAGCUAGACGAUAUCUGUUCCCCACGAGCCUUUCACUGCAUCAGGGACUGAGACGAACCCUUCGAGUGCCAAAAGGAAAUGGUGGCUGGGGAGAUAUUCGAGACCAUAAAUUAUGUCUUCAGCAAGCUGAUAAGAACUAUACUUUAAUAUCACCCAGAUAGUAGUAACUAGGCUUACGGUCAUUCCAUGUUACUAAAAUUUGUUUUGUUUAUGUUUACAAUGAUACAUGUAAAUGGUGUGCCUUCAAGUCAUACAUGUACAUUUAGUAUGGGUGUUUCUGUAUGCAUGUUUCACACAUAUAUAUAUAUGUAUGUAUGUGUGUGUAUUUGUUAUAACCAUAAUAAACAUGUAUACCUGAGUUUUGCAUAUUUUUUUUUCAAAACAUUUUGUAUUGCAUGAGACCUGUGGUAAUGGAUAUUAGACUGCUGUUUGGAUAGUUACUUGUGAAUGAUAUCCUUAGAUUAGAUUUGUUUAUAUGUAAAGUACAAUGAAAAAAUUAUAAUGUUUCAUAGUAGACUCGUGUAAUAGGACUUUUUAAUAAGGUUUGUUGUUUUUAAUGUAUAAAGACUGUUGAAUUGCUUAUCUACUGAAUUUUUGGUGAAGGUUGAUAAAUGGAACACUAGGUAAUAAUUUGUAAUAUCUGUGGUAGGAUUAAUAUUAUAAAUUUACCUACAAGGGGUUUUUAUUUAGGGAAAUUCUGGGUCAUGAAUAUCAAUUUGAAUAUGAUGCUGUUCCUUUUUUAUAGACCAUAAUUUGUGGAUUGAUUUUUUUUUUUUAAAUCUUUAAUACAGGUAUUUAAAUUCAUUGUUAGGUUAAGGUAGCAGACUUUCUUACCGGUGCUAGCAAGAUAUUUUAUGUGGGUUUGUUUUGGUACACAAUGAAAUGUUUUGGAAAACACUAGGUCUAUUCAGCAAAAUAUUUUACUCAGGUGUUUUGGAGAAAUAUUAGGUAUACCUGUGUUUUAGUCGGGUUUGUUUUGGGAAACAGUGACAUCUUUUGAUCAAGUUUGUUUUUGUAAACAUGUGUUAAAUUAAGAUUUUCCCAAUUUUUUUGUAUGUUGAUAUUUCAAACUUAAAGCAUCAAUGUAAAAACAUAUUUCCUAAAGUAACAUAUAUGUAUACAGAAUCAAUGUGAUUUGUUUUUAAUGUAUUACUUUCAAAAACUGAAAACAUGAACAUGUUAGCAGGAAACGGAACAUUGUAUCAGAAAGUGUUAGUCAUUGGUUCUUGUAAAGUUUUAAAGUUAUAGAAACACAGGUUUUGUUAAUAUGUCAAAGUCAGUUUUAUUUAUUUUAUAUGUUUACCUUUACAGUAUGUAAUUUAGUGCCAAUAAAUCAUUUGAAUAGUUUAA